CUUUAUGUUGUUAGCGAAUCUUCUAAGAGUAAAGCGUUUAGUUUAACAUACUUACUCUUUGACUGCCGUGCACCAUUGACAAGUCAAACAUCAAAAUGAAAUUGUCAAAGUCAGGUGGUCCACAGUGUCUUUCCAUAUGUUUUUCACGACUGCCUUUAUUUUCUUGAACUAGGAUCAUGUGCGUGCGUUCAACUUCUUCAGGAUCAUUUACUAACCUUUACCAAAGAAAUAACGCAUGUUUACCUCCUUACACUAACAUAUUUGGUUAGGUUGCAGUUAUAGAUGCCAGUGAAUGAAGACUGUGCCAAGAGAUGAAGCCUAAUCCAGUGAUAUUGUUUGCAAUACUAUUGACAGUUAUUCAUAUUGCAAAUACUUCAAAUAAUAAAAGGCAUUCUGAAGGAACAUACCCCUCACAAGGAAGAAAUGGAAACACAGGAACGGAAUAUUCAGAAUAUGCUGACUACGCUAAGCUACACCAUCACACUAGAACAUUGGAUAGGAACAAUUUACCAGUUGAGAGUAGGGAAGCCAUGAAUCCAGGGUUUAUGGGAACUAGAAGUAAUCAGCAUAAAAAAUACCAAACAAAAUCAACAAGUGCCAAUUUAAAGCUUGUGCCAAACUGGCCUGACCCUAGUAAACAAUUGGGGCAAGUUGCAGCAGUAGACAUUGAUAUGAACCGUAAUGUAGUUGUCUUUCACCGUGGUGAUCGAGUUUGGUCAGCACAAACUUUCACCUAUGGCAACGUAUACAAUGAGAAGGAAUUAGGACCAAUUCAACAAAAUCCUGUUGUUGUUUUCCAUGCAACAACAGGAGCUGUAAUAGAAGAGUGGGGCAGUAACUUAUUCUACUUGCCUCAUGGGCUGACUAUUGAUUUUGAAAACAAUAUUUGGGUUACUGAUGUAGCUCUUCACCAAGUUUUCAAAUUUUCUGCAAAUAGAACAAGUGCAAAACCAUCUCUGAUUUUGGGACAACAAUUUGUACCCGGAAGUGAUAAUAAUCAUUUUUGUAAACCUACAGAUGUGGCAGUUUUGUCAAAUGGUGAUUUCUUUGUAUCAGAUGGCUACUGUAACAGUAGAAUUGUCAAAUUUGACAGAACUGGAAAAAAAUUGAUGGAAUGGGGCAGAAGUACUUUGAAUUUUGCAGUAACCAGGUUUCAAGAGAAACCACCACCUAACAACUUUCUCGUGCCACAUGCUUUGGCUGUUGAUGAAGAUAACAGCACUCUCUUUGUAGCCGACAGAGAAAACGGGCGUGUGCAAUGUUUCAACACAAGUACAGGUGUUUUUAUAAGACAACUACAUUCGUACUUAAUGGGACCACGGAUUUUCAGUGUUGCAUAUGCACCAGUGCAAGGUGGUCUCCUUUACAUUGUAAACGGUCCUAGUUUAGGAAAUGUAUCAAUAAAAGUUGAUGGAUUUGUUGUAAGUUUGGCCUCAGAGGAAUUAGUUGCUUACUUUAAUAGUGAUGGAGCAGGUUUUCAGAACCCACAUGAUGUUGCUGUUACAAAAGAUGGAAGUGAAGUGUACGUUGUGGAACUUCAACCAUUCAAAGUAUGGAAAUUUGUGCAAGGCAAUCUUAACAUUUCAGUACCAGUUCGACCAUCUAAAACUGAAAAUCUUACAAGCGCUGGGAAUAUUACAAGUAUAUCACAAUAUACAAAAAAUCCAAAGGUCAGUCCCAUGGCUACAGCUGCUGCAGUCCCUUCUGUAAAAGUUCAAAAUGGACCAAGCAGAGGUUCUAUUAUUGCAACUAUAGCAGCUAUUGCAAGUGUAAUUACAGUCAUAAUAAUAGCUGCAACUGUUAUCAUACUUCGCAUUCGCAGAGGUUGUUUCUCAAGAUACCAUUCACGACAUCCUUCACGGUGGGAUUUCCAUAUUCCUUCCGCAGAAGGGUUCAAGUUGGGACAGUUUUUGGAUCGGCACCAGGGUUUUGAAAAGGUCAGCACAGAAGAGAGUGAUGAUGAAGGCAGUGCAGGAAGUGCCAAUGAAUCACAACAAAGUGCACAAUUUGCAUAAUUACAUUUCUAGGGUAUUCAAGAAAAUGCUGUAUUUUCUUACGUGAAGCAUUUCAUUUUCCUUGUGUCACAAAUUGUCUCCAAACCUAUGUGAUCAGUAUUUAAAGCAAAAAUUAGAGCAAUUCAUAUUUUUAUAUCUGCUUUUUCAGCAGAAAAUAGAACAGAUUAAUAUAUUCAGUAAUGACAUUCAAAGUGUUGCAUAUGGCAGUUCUGGAAACUAUCUAAUAUUUGUAAUGUUCUCUGAUUUAUAUAUUUAGUUUACUCUAAUAAAAACAAAGUUGUUUUGGUUUCGUUAACUGCCAUGUGCAUCUCUUUAAUAAAGACUUACUAGAUACACAUAUCAUAAGUUUGUGUCUAAAACAGCAAAAUGGAUGUACUCAUCCGUUUACUGGAUGCAAAUAAAAGUUUCAAAUCAGAAAAUUCAUUGUAAAUUUUGACAAUGAAAACUUAAUCAACCUAGUUCAGGAACAUGGCUCAAUGGUAGCUUCUUCGAAACAAAGAAAAUUCUAUCUUUUGAAAUUAAACCUUACGCUCAUCAAUGCCCCUUAAAUUAUCUAUAAGGAAAUGUGGCAAAAAACAUUAAUUCUUAGAAAGAAUUUUCACAUCUUAACACUAUUCGCUAAUAAAUUAUAUAUAAUUCAUGAUCCUUCAAACAUUCUAUGUACUUGAAGUCUUCCCUACAUCUUCAAAACAACACUGAAAUACAGCUUUGAACCACUUCUCAAACCCGUUAGAAGAAAUAAAAUUUAAAAAAUGAGGGUUUACUAUAACAGGACAAAAAUACCUCCAAAACAAAUAUCAAAAAGAUAACUGUACAAAACUAACAUUUUUUUAUUCCUGGUAAAUUUGAAAAAUACAUUUUAUACAAUUCCAUAGUAGCAAUACUUACAAUGUACAUAUGUCAUUUGUUAAUUUGUUUUGUUGCGAUAAGAAUGUGAUUACGAGGAGAUAAACAAGGAUCAAACACUGGAAUCAGCGUACCAUUGAGACCUGUAAAUUGAUAAAUGGGAAAUUACCUUGCUAUUGCAAUCAUGUUCUUUGUGGAUUUCAGUAUAUGUAUUAUAACUUAAAGGGUUAAAUAUGUGACUUGCUACAUGCAUUUCCAAGAAAAUCUACUAAUCCAACUCAGGCAAACAUUAGGGUAUUUCAACUAUGUGUGCAGUUGUAAAGCUAAAUACUAUUCAGCAAUUUGAUAAAUGACUUAUCUCCUACCAUUUCUUAUUAGCCACCUGCAGAAAUAGCUUGUUAUUGUGGUAGAAAUCAAUGGCAAAAAAACUAAAAAGCAAAUCAAUAUGUAGAGAAAUUUGCUGGGGUAUUUUCAUGAUAAAAUCAUGGAAAUUACAUUAAGUUGCAUAUGAUGCUGUUAUAAAACUAAACAUAAGGCAUUAAUCACAGAGAGAAUAAUCUGUUCUGACUUGCUCCAGGCAAAAAUAAAGGUGUACAUUAUAGCCAUCAUUUUACCAAAGAACAAAUGUGUGCUUAAAAACAUAUGCAAAUGAAAUACCUAUAAUUUUGUAACUCCAAAACAUAGAAUAAAAUAAUACAAAAUACAAACAUUGCUGCUAAUUCAUUGUCUUUUAGUUUAUGUACUUGUACAAUAUAUGGUAUAGUUUAAAAAAAAUAAAAUAACUUCAUUUAAAAACUAAACAAUCAUUUUCAUUGAAUAUUUUUCUUUAAUUAAAAUUAGAAAAAACAUAUUCAAAACAGAACAUAAAUUGCUAAUAGGUUUUUAUAAUCUGGAUUGAAAAUGAUCUCUAGAAACUGAAUAAUUAAUGUUAAUUCAGAAUGACACACUAAUAAGCAUUUUCUGAGAACAGGUUUUUGCGUUUCAGAAAUAGUGAAACUUUUAUCACAGUGUAGUACUUGAAAAUUACUGAAGGUGGAUUUAGAAUUAAUAAUUUAAACAAUUUUGAUGUUAUAUUUGGGAAAGCUUUGUAUACAAUGAUUAUUGUACAAGAGAACAUUGAAAGCCUGAAAUUAUAUUUCUAACAAGUAUGAAUAAGAUAUAUUCAACUUUGAUGCAAAACAAAAUCAGACAGGAACAGUGUAGUUUCGAUAAUGCUCUUUCGAGUUGAAAAAGCAGGUUUUGAAAUUCAAAUAUUAUUUACUCAUUUAUCUAAAUUUUUAUUGUAAUGAAAUGUACUUUUUUUUAAAAAACAUAAAGUACUAGCAAACAGAGUAAUACAACAAACAGAAACAAAUUUUAUGAAAGUUGUUCAAUUAUUAACUUACCCAACUCCAGUAAAUAAAAAAGUCUAUCGAACAAUAAAACUGUUUCCACAAGAGGUGCCAGCAGAAGUCG